GAAAAGUGGAAACUCCGCUCUGCAAGAUACACAACACCAGCUGGGCCGGGCGGACAACGGGGGUCCCUCAGGAGCCCCUCAGUAGCGUGCAGCCCUCCCGGGGCAGCGGCUCCGCUCCCGUGUGCACUUAUCAACUGAAACACUAAAUUUUGGGAUUGCUUGGGGAGAAAGUUGUGCUGGAGUUCGUUUUUCUGACGGCUGCCGAGAACGACAGAAAGGGCGAAAUUUUGCCCCAAAAGAAAAAAAAAACACCCACAAAUAUAUAUUUUCCAUGGGAGAACAGUCUUAACCCUUUCAAGAAUCCCGGGGUGUCCCCUUGGCGGCCGUUUCUUUGGGGAGUGAUUGUUUGGGUGCCCCUCACUAUCACUGCAGGGAGGCCGGGGCCGCAAGCGGGGACUGGGGGAGCCGGGCCCGGGAAGCUGUCUGCCCCAGGGCCGUUCCCCACCACCGAGGUGUUUGUUUAGCUUCAGCUCAGUCAUCAAGAGUUUCUUAAAAGCCUAAUAAAUCUGUUACUUGCCUCCAAAUCUAAUUACCCAGAGUACUAAUUAGGUGCAAAUGGCCGGUGGAAAUUACUGCGGACUUGGUCUGAUGGCGGUAGAGCAGAAAAGUUUGUCUCUUCCAGAGCGGGCAUUUGAGCUCUGAAAUGCAGCAACGUCGGGGGGAAGGGGAAAAGGGGGGAGGUUUGACUGCUGCCCAAACCUGGGAUAAUUAAAGUCCUUGCAAGAGACUAGGGGAGAGAUAGGUUUCUUGAAUUGUUUCUUUGUUUCUCACCCUUGGGCUUUGUUAUCUGCAUUAUUUAUUUAGCCGAGGGGUUCUUUGUGUCUGCCAAUGGCCCCAAUCAAGUUUUGCUUGAGACAAUUAGCCGAUGCCCGGCCGGGAAUCCUAUGCAAAUGCCCCCUGCUGCCGUACAAUGCGGGCAGUUGAAGGCAUGGGGGGUUUUGUUCGGGUAAUAAUUACUGGCUGGGAUGUGCCCCCCUCCUUCCCUCCCCUCCUAGCUCUUUUUUUUUUUUUUUGGCGGGGGGGAGAUAUGCGUUUAUCUAGUCAGUCUCUCCCAGCUCCCAAAUCCGGCUGGGGUCCGGCUCGACGAGCUGAAGGAUUGUCGGGGGAAGGCAGCGGGGACAAAAGCCGUGGAGCAGCGAGCUGGCCUGACACCCCCUCCUUCCCUCCCCCCUCCUCUCUCGUCUCUGCAGGACCCGACUGCCCCCCCCCGGUCCCACAUCACCGCCCGGGGCAGGCAGGGCGCUCGCUCGGGCGGCUCCCCCUCGCCCGGAUUUCGGCCAACUCUCCUCCCCGCCACAACUUUAGCAUGAUGUCUUAUCUUAAGCAACCACCUUAUGCAGUCAAUGGCCUGAGUCUCACAACCUCGGGCAUGGAUUUGUUGCAUCCGUCCGUCGGUUAUCCUGCCACCCCCCGAAAGCAGCGACGGGAGCGCACGACCUUCACCCGGGCACAGCUGGAUGUGCUGGAGGCACUUUUUGCCAAGACCCGCUACCCCGACAUCUUCAUGCGGGAGGAGGUGGCCCUGAAAAUCAACCUGCCCGAGUCCAGAGUGCAGGUAUGGUUUAAAAACCGCCGAGCCAAGUGCCGGCAGCAGCAGCAGCAGCAGCAGAAUGGGGGCCAGAACAAGGUACGGCCAGCUAAAAAGAAAAAUUCACCAGCUCGGGAAGUGAGUUCGGAAAGCGGGACCAGUGGGCAAUUCACUCCCCCCUCCAGCACCUCGGUCCCCACCAUUUCCAGCAGCAGUGCUCCCGUAUCCAUCUGGAGCCCAGCAUCCAUCUCCCCACUCUCAGAUCCCCUGUCCACGUCUUCCUCCUGCAUGCAGAGAUCUUAUCCUAUGACCUACACCCAGGCAUCAGGCUACAGUCAAGGAUACGCUGGCUCGACAUCCUAUUUUGGAGGGAUGGACUGUGGAUCUUACUUGACCCCUAUGCACCACCAGCUUCCUGGACCAGGAGCCACCCUGAGUCCCAUGGGUGCCAAUGCAGUCACCAGCCACCUCAACCAGUCUCCAGCGUCCCUCUCCACCCAGGGCUAUGGAGCCUCCAGUUUGGGCUUUAACUCCACCACUGAUUGCUUGGAUUAUAAAGACCAAACCGCCUCUUGGAAGUUAAACUUCAAUGCUGACUGCUUGGAUUAUAAGGACCAGACAUCGUCAUGGAAGUUCCAGGUUUUGUGAAGAACCUUUGUGAUAACAAGAGAAAUCGUGAUGAGAAUGAACAGGCUGGGCUGAACGCCCCAGUUUUAGUCAGGUUUUGGUUAAAUUAAAGAGAAAAAUAACUCCACGGACAAACAAACGAACAAACAAACCGACAGCAACAAGAGGGGGACUGUGUUGGUGUUACCCUGUUCAGACUUAUCUCCUGCUCAGACGCUCUGGAAAAGGAAUAAUAAAGAGGAAAAAAGAGGAAGAAGGCCUUAAAUGGACAGAUCAUCUAGUGAGCAGAAAACAGACAGACCCAUCUGUGUUCUUUCUAGUUUUAGGCAAUUGUUGGGUUUCUUUGUUUGGAAGAGGUGGGAGACCACCUCACCUACAGGCCAGUUAAAAAAAAAAAAGAAAAAAAGAAAAAAAAGUCUAGGUUUUUAUUUCUUUUUUUUGUGUGUGUGUGGAAAGAUCCUUCACCCAGAGGUUUCCAAUAUGUUAGCCAACCCUUGGUUAAAGUAUUUGCAAUGGACAACAUCUCUCUUUUUCUCCCUCCCUCUUUCUUUCGUUCUCGAGCUCAUCCAAGCGUUUCACACCCGACUUGCUCAAGUUGGCACCCGGAGAACUUGGUUCAGGGCUGUGUGGGUUGUGUGACUGAUUGUCCUAGCUGCACUACUUUAUUUAAAGAUUAAAAAAAAAAGAAGAUAAUGUUCAUAAGGAGUCAAUAUGUAGUUUUUAAGAGACAAUCAGUGUGUGUCUUAUAUAAAUGGUACAUCUGUGGUUUUUAAUCUGUGCUAGACUUCAAAACUGUGAUCUCCUGUAUUGUAUGCAACUAUGAACUCCACACCAGUGGGAGUUCUGCUGUGAUUUAAAUAGGUUAUAAUUAUAAGUGAAAUUCAGAGCAACUGAAUUACCUAUUAUCAUCUUUAAAAAAUAAUUGCAAAAUAUAUAUUAAAAAAAAAAGAAAAAACCCUCAAAAACACGAUCGCCUUUCACCCAAGGUGAACUGCACUGAAACUUUUUACAACAAACUGAAUGAAAGAGGAAAGACCCAAAAAACCCAACCCGAGGACAUUAAACUCCUCUGGAGCUCACUUACUGCUGGCCAUGCUGGUAGUAACCAUCAAAUCCAACAGGACUUUGGGCAGUUGCUCUGACCUGGAUGAAUUUAAACCAAGAAAUUAAUUGUCGUUUAUGCUUGCAGAUGUUGACUGGAAAAAAAAAGAUAUAUAUGCAUAAACCUUUUUUUUUUUUUUCCUGGAUUUGGCAGAUAUGUAUAAUUAUAUUAAAAUGGUUCUAGCACA